GUCCAGGCGAAGACUUGCUCAGCAGGGGGAAACACCGUGUGACGUUUCCUCUCCCCAGAGACAAAGUCCAUCAGCUGUGACGGAGAUGUGAGGGGAUGUUAAACCACAGACAACAACAACACAGUGUGCAGCAGUGUGGUGACACCAUCAUCCUCUCACUUGUUUGAAAUACGCUUUUCCAAACUCCGGGGACAGCUCCUCUCUCCAGCUCUCCCCGAAACCAGGAAGCGUGUGGGCCGAGGCGAGUUUCUCCUGGGCGGCUCUCUUGUUGCGGGCGAUCCGCUGCUGCUGCCCCGGAGACAGAGGGGUCUGGGCCGGGGAGGCUGCAGCAGAAGAAGGUGGACUGGGCGAGUCUGAAUCCAGCGCCGAGGCUUUCCUCUUCCUCUGCAUGGUUGUAAUAUGUUGAGUAAAAAACAGAGCAGGUUUGAGAGGCUUCAGGAACCUUCCGCAGAGGAGUAAACACAUCGUCACGCGGGGGGAAGCCUCCGUGUUUGCAGCGAUGUGGUUGUGAACGCGGCCCGGAUGACGCGGAUCGUGUCGCGGGAAACUAAACGCUGCAAUCUCAAAAAGUAAAAUUCAGCUCCUCAGACACGAAACAGGUUCCUACAAUGGACACGUUUGUGUCUCAGACACAGAAUAAACGCUCAUGCAACAGUGAUGCUGUAACAAGAAGAAGUCCAAGGAAGAAGAUCAAACUGUUGGAAGAGGUGAGGGUAAAGAAAGAGGAGGAGGAGGAGGAGGAGGAGGAAGAAGAUGAAGAUGCAGCUUUAGCAGAGUUCUCUCAACCUGUUCCGUGGCAGAAAAUAGAGGCAGAGGGACUAGACUGUGAUUAUGCUUUACUCUUCUCCAGAGAGGAAGCCGACCAGCUGUUUAAACAGCUGGAGGAGGAGGUGGUGUACUCUACAGGGGAAGAAGCAAAGGUCCACGUGUUUGGAAAGCUGUACAAUAUACCCAGAAAGCAGGCGACACACGGAGAUGCAGGUUUAACCUACACUUAUUCUGGGGUGAAACGUUCAGCCUGCCCCUGGACUCCAACCUUGGAAUACAUCCGGGACGCUGUCACAAAAACAACAGGACAGGCCUUUAACUUUGUCUUGGUAAACAGGUACAAAGAUGGGCAGGAUCACAUGGGUGAGCAUCGGGACGAUGAGAAGGAGCUGGACCCAUUUUGUCCCAUCGCUUCCGUCUCUCUGGGAGCAGCACGAGACUUCAUCUUCAGGCACAGAGAUGCGCGGGGGAAACAGAGCAGCAGGCAGAUAGAGCCUGUGAAGCUGGAGCUAUGA